AUGGUAAAACAAACAAAACUAGGCGCGUUUUUUGGAAAAGCACAAGAUGGGCAUCAAAAAAGAACCCAAAGUUCAAAUGAAGAAUUAUCGGUGGUUAAUAAAAGAAUAAAAGUUGAGCAAAAUCAAGACAUGGAUGUUGAUGACGAAAAGGAAAGACUUGGUGUGCCUUAUUCUGUAUUAUGCAAAACUUUUGAAAUGGUUGAAUCAACUACCAAACGUCUAGAAAAACAAGAUUAUUUGGUUACUCUCUUUGCGCUUAUUAUUGAAAAUACUCCAGAAAAUUUGUUAGACUCAUUAUAUUUGUGUAUCAAUCGAGUGGGUCCAGAUUAUGAAAAUGUUGAAUUAGGUAUUGGUGAAUCUUUAUUAAUUAAAGUAAUUGCAGAUACUACUGGUAGAAAAACUCAAGCAAUCAAAGAAGAGUUGGCAAAAUGGGGUGACUUAGGAAAAGUGGCAAAGGAUAGUAAAAGUACUCAACCAACAUUGUAUGCUCCAAAACCAUUAACUAUUCCAUCAGUCUUAAAAUCUAUGAAAAAGAUUGCACAUAUGAAUGGGCAAGAUUCGCAAGAAAGAAAAGUUCGAGAAAUCAGACAAUUGCUUGCUUCUUGCCAAGGUGAAGAAUCCAAAUAUUUAAUCAGGUCUCUUGAAGGAAAACUUAGGAUUGGAUUAGCAGCACAAACCAUUUUAAUUUCACUAGCACAAGCAAUUGUUUAUAAGGAUCCAGGAUAUGAAAAAUUACCUACACCUACCAAAAUUCAAUUAUUAGCAGAUGCCCCAAUCAUUGUUAAAGCUGUUUAUAGUGAAAUUCCAUCUUAUGAUAUUAUGGUCCCAAUCUUGCUAAAACAUGGGAUACAAGGACUUGAAGAGCAUUGUAAAUUGACACCAGGAAUUCCACUUAAACCUAUGUUGGCAUUUCCAACUAAAAGUAUAACAGAAGUACUUGAUCGUGUUGAAGGACAUAAGUUUACUUGUGAAUUUAAAUAUGAUGGUGAACGUGCUCAGUUUGUAAAACAUGGUAUAAAAUCUUUUAUACUUGAUUGUGAAGUUGUUGCAUGGGAUCUAGAAAAAGAUUGUCUUCUUCCUUUUCAAGUGUUAAGUACAAGGAAAAGAAAAGAUGUUAAAGGAUCAGACAUAAAAGUCAAAGUUUGUUUGUUUGCAUUUGACCUAUUAUAUCUAAAUGGAGAGUCACUUCUCAAGAAACCAUUAAUUGAAAGGCGUGAACUAUUGUAUAAUUCUUUUCAAGAAAUCAAAGGAGAAUUUGCCUUUGCACAUGAAAUUAUUGCAACUAACACUGAGGAAAUCCAAUCAUUUCUUGAUGAGAGUGUUAAAAAUAAUUGUGAAGGAACAGGAGAUUCUUUGGACCUUGUGGUUAUUGGUGCAGAUUAUGGAAGAGGAAAACGUACCAAUUUUUAUGGAACUUUUCUUCUUGCAUGCUUUGAUCCAGAUAAUGAAGAGUACCAAACAAUUUGUAAGCUUGGUACAGGAUUUUCUGAUGCAGAUUUAGAAACUCAUUACAAAUUCCUUAAGGAACAUGAAAUUGAAGGAGCUAAAAGUUAUUAUAAUUAUGAUAAAGCAACUAAACCUGAUGUUUGGUUUGAACCUUGUCAAGUCUGGGAAAUAAAAGCAGCAGAUAUUAGUAAAUCUCCUAUAUAUAAAGCUGCAAUAGGACAAGCUGAUCCAUCUAAAGGUGUUUCAUUACGUUUUCCACGUUUUGUUAGAAUAAGAACUGAUAAGAAACCUGAAGAAGCAACUACUAAUGAUCAAGUGGCUGAUAUGUAUAAUUCCCAAUUUAAUAAUGGUGCUGAAUAA